AGCCAUUUUAGCUCAAGCAACUGGCUGCUCGAGAGCCGCCGUCGAAAGCCUCUAACGCAGCCCUCGCAAGCCACCCCCCGCCUGCGUGGUUGCUGCCGAUGGCGGGCGAAGGUCUCCCCCAGAUCUCGGGCGAGAAGACGUACAGCAACAAGAGUGGAGCUAUCGGUUCGGUCGUCGGCCAGUUCUUCGGGCAGAUGGGGGCAUUCUUCGGCUGCUUCUUCGGCAUCAAGGGCCCAGACGGCCAGUGGCCCCACGCCUGGUGGUCUUUCUGCUUCUUCGGCAACGCGACCGUGGGCGCACUGUCGCAGGCCCACACGACCACGGCGAAGAUUGUCCGCUCGCCGGAGAAGAUGACGCUGCUGAACUUGUGGGGCGGAACGGUGCUGACGAUCCCGAUAUCCGAGAUCUGCUCCAUUAGGUGCAGGCGGUCAUGCGGUUGCAACUGGUUCGUCGUGGAGACGACCGACAAGUUCUACGAGGAGCGUCGCGCAUCUGCGGGGUGCUGCAAGUGUGUCGUGGGAAAGAACGUGUGGAUCACAUGCGCCGAGCAGGACGCCUUCAAGCAGGACCAUGGCUUGACUGAGACGGGCGAAAUUAUCGGCAACCCCAAGGCCUGAGAGAAGGAGGAGGAGGACUGGGGGGGGGAGGUUGUGGUGGGGUGGAGAUGGGAGUGGUGGAGGUGGAGGUGGAAGCUGGAAUUGCGGCCUGCUGCGUGGAGCAACUCAACUCGGGGUCCUGGAGAAAAGGAGUUUCGACUGGUUCCGACUUAGCUCGGCCACGCAGGCCUGCCGCUCUGUACGGUGGCGGAUUGCGGGGGCUGACAAUGAGGAUGGUGAGUGCCGCAUCCCAUGCUAUCUUCCUCGAAUGCCCGACGCGGAGCGCAGUAGUUUGCUUUGGCCAACCUGGGCGCAGGUGCUAGCCACUCUUGGCAGUGCCGCCCUGCCCGGCCAGAUCACUGCUCAGUUGUUUCCCUGAACCAAGACUUGUAGUGCAUGUAUUCGUAACUGCCCGGCACGGCGCGCAUUAGCUUGCCAUGGGUAACCUGGGAACAGGUGCUAGCCACUCUUUGCAGUGCCGCCCUGUCCGGCCCGAGGACGCGCAUCCAGUCCUGAGGAGGAGGACACCCGGCGGCUUCCAAGCAAGUCAUACCCCCGCCGAUUCGACGGUUUCGGGUGCCCGACGCGGCGCGCACGAGGUUGUCGUGGCAAGACACUUGGGGCCGUCACGGAUCCUCGGGACGUGUGCUGCCAAGACAUCUUCUCCUCACGGACGAAUGACGUUGACAAGCACACGUUAGCGCUCACACACGUCCUGAGUGUCACCGAGCUCGGUCUUCCCCGCUGUGCCGCACCGCACGGCUUGCGCGCCAUGUUCACGGGCGCCGACAUCCCCCGUUCGGUUCACCUCACGCCGGUCGGCCCACCUCACGCCGGUCGGCCCAGGACGUGUUUUUUUCAGUGCGCGGCCACGUGAUUUUGUCAGUGCGCGGCCCCACGGGUCCCAGUCCCAGACGUGUGACGUCUUGAUUUCUUCAGAACAGAGCAGGACCUCUCGCAUGUCUGGGUCGAAAGCUCAGCCGAUUCGGGCCAUAGCCUCUGGUUCGUCCAGGGAUUUAGGCGAACCUGGCCCUGGCGACGACGACGGCGACAGAACGACUCCCGUCGUUGUCGACGCCAUUUGCCCUUUUAGAUAGUGCCAACCCCAGCCCUCGAGGCUCGGACGAGUCUUGGCGCUGGCUUGUAUGUGCCGAACUGCGAGCCACCGCGCGGAGUUCCUCGGCGAAGAAAAAAAAAAGCGACGAUGCAUCGCAACAGCCAAGGCAAGCGGGAACCGUGACCUGCGACGGCGAAUUGCAAGCGGGAGCCGACACCGGCGACCGCGAAUCGUAACAGGCAGUGCAAGCGGGGAUCGAGACCGCCGACGGCGCAUCGCAACAGGCAGGGCAAGCGCCACCCCCGCACUGGCGACGGUGAAUCGCAUUAGCCAGUGCAAGCGGAACCCAGG